AUGGACUCGAAAAGUAUGGGAGAUUUCAAAAGUACUGCGUACCUCAUCGCACUGGUGACUUUUCUGUUUCUCGCAAUCAAGUCGGGAUUUCGCCGAUUUGCCGAGUGGAGAUUUGCUCGCGAGCACAACUGUCGCAAGCCACGAGUGGCAUCCUCUGGAUUCCUUGGUGUUGGCAGAGUAGCCUCUCUGGUGCUUGCAAUGAAGAAAUGCGAGUCCUUGGAGCUUAUGCGAAGCUGGCACCACCAAAAUGGCACCACCUUCAAGACGUCACUGGGCCGCAGUGUCAUCAUUACCAUCGAUCCCAAGAACGUCCAAGCCAUCCUCGCACUCAAGUUCAAAGACUUUGAUCUGGGCUCUCCUCGUAACAAGGCAAUGUCACCACUUCUUGGACGGGGUAUCUUUACGAGUGAUGGUGAACUAUGGGAACACUCAAGGGCUCUCGUGCGGCCAAAUUUUGUCCGGAAUCAAGUCGCUGAUAUUGAUGUCUACGAAAAACAUGUCUCCAAUCUCAUUGACAAUAUACCCCUCGAUGGGUCGACCGUGGACCUGCAAGAAUUAUUUUUUCGGAUGGUGGGGCCUACUACAACCCGACCCUUUGGGAUGAGUUGUACAUGCUAA